AUGGCGUCAACAAGUCAUUCGAGAAGGUCCAGGGAGCCUUCCCACGCCGAGAUGCCCAUCGGCCGCUAUACACGGUUGGACGAGAUCGGCCGAGGAAGCUUUGCCACUGUCUACCAAGGUGUUCAUACGAAAACUCGCACCUUCGUGGCAAUAAAGUCUAACUUGUCGUCGGAGAUCCAGAUUCUCAAGGGCUUAUACCAUCCCCACAUCGUGGCUCUUAUUGAUUGCCAUGAGUCUACAUCUCAUAUUCAUCUCGUGAUGGAGUACUGUGCCUUAGGCGAUCUAUCUCUGUUCAUCAAACGUCGAGAUACCUUGGGUGACCACCGAUAUACGCGAGAGAUGAUCUCCAAGUAUCCAAACCCUCGAGGUGGCGCUCUCAACGAGGUUGUGACCCGUCACUUCCUCAAGCAGUUGUCGAGCGCUCUCAAGUUUCUUCGAGAUCGGAAUCUUAUCCACCGUGAUAUUAAACCACAGAACUUGCUCCUUUGCCCAUCACCAUCAUCUUACCGCUCAGGCACAACCCAGGUUGUACCGUUCAAGGGCAGCGAAGAUUCCUUCAGCCCCACGACAGGACUUGAAUCGCUGCCUAUGCUGAAGAUAGCCGAUUUUGGGUUUGCGCGGUCCCUUCCAGCCACGUCUCUUGCGGAGACCUUGUGCGGCUCUCCUCUUUACAUGGCUCCCGAGAUUCUCCGGUACGAAAAGUAUGAUGCUAAGGCCGACCUCUGGUCUGUGGGCACGGUAUUAUACGAGAUGGUUGUUGGAAAAGCACCAUUCCGGGCAUCGAAUCAUGUCGAGCUGCUUCGCAAAAUCGAAAAGGGAGAGGAUAGGAUCAAGUUUCCUGAGGAAAACCCUGCGUCUGAGGAGAUCAAAGCGUUAGUCAGAGCGUUGUUGAAACGCAACCCGGUAGAAAGACUGAACUUUGCGGACUUCUUUGAGAGCAGAAUUAUCACGGGUCCUAUCCCUGGUUUGAUAGCCGAUGAUGCAUCCUCGCCGUACCGUCGUUCAUCCGUGGGUACACCAGCUACCGAGACAGCGCCUGUCCCGGAACCACGGCCGGAGCUGACCCCUGUAGCGGCAACGGUCCGCCAGAAAGAAGUUCCCUACUCUGACGACCGUGUGGAGCCUUCCACGUAUCCAGUUGCUCGACGCUCGAUUGCACAGACUUCGCGUCCCGGUACUCCAAGUAAGACUAUGCGCAGUGCUAAUAGACCAUUGUCUAUUGCAAAAGAGUAUCCAUCAGCGACAGGCUACCCUAGUCCUGUAGUAGAUGCUCAGGCUCAUCUUCACCAGGAGCCGCCUGAACGGGGUGCAGCUGCCACGCCCAUUGAGCGUCAGCGAAGCCAGACUGCCCCAUCUGGUAUUCCGCAGGUGGAUAGAUCGGCGGACAAGACGAAAGAAGAGCGCGAGCGCGCAGCGCAAGAAGUAGCAUUUGAGCGAGAUUAUGUGCUUGUGGAGAAGAGGGCAGUGGAGGUCAAUGCUUUUGCUGAUGAAAUGGCCCAUAGUCCUCGAAUCCAAGGGGGCUUUUCUCGGCCUGGCCAAGGGGGUGUGCUCUCACGGCGCGCAGCAACAAUGCAGGGUGUACCGACAACUUCCAGUAUAUCACCACACGCGUCUCCCAGCAAGGCGAUGCAGAUGAUCACCGGGCGCUCUCGUGCUGAUUCUGCGCACAUACGCCAAAACUCUUAUGAGCGACGGUACGGACAAAGCCCGACUUCUGCCACGUCAGCUAUAUCCAAAGCCCUCAAUAUGGCCAGCGGCCGCUUGUUUGGAAUGGGAUUUUCACCACCCUUGACGAUAACAAAAGGCGGACGUUCUCCUCCGUUGGCUUAUAAUCCUUUUCCCGCUUAUCCCAAUCCUCAAACGAGCUUAGUCGUCCUUGGGGACAAUGCCAGGACGAGCGCGACGUUAGAUGAGGACGGCAAGAUUGUUCAAGAGCUCGAAGAGUGUGCCACUCGCAGUGACGUUGUUUACGGAUUUGCCGAAGUCAAAUACAAGCAGCUUAUUCCUUUGGCUCCUUCUGUUCAGACAGAUAACCCUGCGACCACGACUUUACCAGUUCAGCCAGAGACUACAGAUCCCACCGACAUUGGACUGACGGCGGACGCCGUUGUGACACUAUCAGAAGAAGCAUUGGUUCUCUACGUCAAAGCGCUCUCCUUGCUGGCAAAAUCUAUGGAUAUUGCAAACGCCUGGUGGACCCGCAAGACUCGGGCCGAAGCGUUCAGCGAGUCGGCGGGCAGCAAGGGAGAUACCACCAGCACCCUAGUCAGCAACCGGAUCAACAACGUUGUGCAGUGGGUGCGCAAUCGGUUUAAUGAGGUGCUCGAGAAAGCCGAAUUCGUUCGCCUCAAACUGAUUGAAGGACAAAAACGACUACCGCUGGAUCAUCCCAGCCACCCCAGUAACUACUCAGUCGCCUCGUCUCUGGGCUCUGGUGCACCUGGGGAUGUUGUUGUCAGUUCGGGUGUGACGGCCGAGAAAUUAAUGUAUGACCGCGCCUGGGAGAUGAGUCGCGCGGCAGCGAUUAACGAACUCACGGGAGAAGACCUUGCCGGGUGUGAAAUCGCUUACGUUACGGCAAUCCGAAUGCUAGAGGCCGUCCUAGAUGAAGAUGAAGGGUCUCGGGCCGGACAGAGUAGCGGCACCAAAGCCGAAAGCCAGAGAAAUAGCGACCGAACCGUACUAGAUGGUGUCCAAGCGGAAGAUCGACAGGUGGUGGUCAACUUGGUGUCUAGCAUCCGGGGACGAUUGGCAUCCCUACGCAAAAAGUUGGCCAUCAUCUCCAAGCGGCAUACUGUGACGCCCCCUUCGAGCGGCCCGAGCAAAAUAGCUCCCACCACCUUUGCAUCACCAGUUGCUCAAGCAAUUGGAGCCACGCCGCCCAAAUGAAUUUUGUCGGUUUUCGAACACCUUUUCGUCUGAGCAUGCUGGACCAUGCUCCAUUACAGCCCGCGAGUCACGGCUGACAUUUUCCCUCCCUCUUUAUUUCUCUAUGCUCCUCGUUUCCGCUUUUCUUUCAAUUCUCUUUCCUUAUCUUAUAGCUGGUUGGUUUCUUUAUAUACGCGUUACUGCGACCAUAUGGAGUUUGUUUUAUUUCAUCCAUGUUCCCGUGGAGUUUUGCCCAAUUUCUGUUCGGCGUUUGUACUGGGAAAGAUACACCACACACACACACACACACACACACACACACACACACACAAAUUGCCAAACAUACGCACACAUCAUUUGGAUAUGGAAUGACGAUAUUGCCUUAGGAUCACGGAGUUUGGGUGGAAGGAAUUGAUGGAUCUUCUAGAUGCAGAUACG